AAAUAUUAAACUUCUAGUUUUUGAUCCUAAGUUCAUCAUGACUAUACUUAGCGAGUUGAAAACGUAUCACGAAGUGAUUGAUGAAAUAUAUAACCACGUCGAGUCACUUGAACCUUUCCUUAAAGGAACGACAGCGUCGACGGCCUUUUGCCUGUUAUAUAAGCUUUGGACUCUCCGAUUAACCGUCAAACAGGUGACUGGCUUGAUUGAACAUACUGAUUCUCCCCACAUUAGAGCUUUAGGAUUUUUAUACCUUCGUUAUGUUUGCAAGCCAACUAACUUAUGGGAAUGGUUUGAAGGAUACCUGGAGGAUGAAGAGCAAGUACAAAUUCAAGGAGGUCCACGGCCGGUCUCAAUUUGGGAUCUAAAGACGUAUGUUUCUAAUAACACAUUUUUGAAAAUCAGAACUAUCGGUAAAAUGUGCCGCCAAUUGUUAACUGAACAAAAAUGGCUUGGUACUAUUUUACCUCGCAUCCCCGUACCUAUCGCUCGCGAUAUCGAACAAAAAAUCAAGGAAAGAUUACAACCACCUCCUCUACCAAGGAGGGAAUCUCCAUCAUAUGAUCUUGAUCCUAGGGCAUCAUUAGAACGUUCUGUGAGACGUAUCGACGAAGGAAGGAAGUAUCGUACUCGUACUCGUAGCCUGAAAAUCGCAGUAGGAGGUACAGAACUCCAAGCCGUGAACGUAGGACAGAAAGGGACCACGAUCGCCGCGAUGCCAACUAUUUUCAUCGUCUUAACAAUUAGUAUUGGUGAAGACAACAACGCUAUGCAAGGAAAAAAUAAAAGAGUUGUUGAAAGAAUUAUUGCUCAUAAAUUUAUUAAUGGUUAUCCAGAUGAUGAAAAUUCAUGGAAACUUCAAGAUGAUAUAAUUAAAUAUGCAGAGUUAAUUGAAUAUUAUUGGGAAAAUUUUGAAAAUCAUCCAUCAUCAAAAUCAAUAUCCAAAAAAGUAUCACCAUCAUCAAUGACAACAGAUUCGACUUUACCAUCCCAAUCUAUUAUCGAAACUAACUCUUCAAAAAUAGUUGAUGGAUCAGGUGAUAACAUUCCUCGAUUUUACGAACCAGAUUGGGAUUCGCACGUUGAAUGUAUUGAAACGAUUUAUCAUGAUGAAUCUAGUAGAGAUGUCUUGGCUAUAAUAAAAUGGAAAUCUCAUAAAUUACGGACUUUACAUAACAUUGAAGAAGUUAAACGCAGAUGCCCUCAACAA